CUCACACACAGACCCACUUCUCCUUGCUCCACCUCCAAUCACUAACCUUAACCCAAAACAUGAUCCAGUCUUCUCUGGAUCGCCGGAUUCAAUCCCUUCUCCCUGUGGCAUUAGCUUCCAUUCUUGUUCUUGGAACUGCAAGAUUGGUCCUAGAUAAUCUAAAGAGCAACCACAGCCAUAUUUUCAGAGUAUAUAACAAUAAUGGAAGGCAACAUCCAGUCUUUGUUUUGCCUAAAGAUCGGUUUGAAGAAGGCUGCAAUGUGUUUCAAGGGCAGUGGGUGUGGGACAAUGUAUCUCAUCCUCUUUAUUCAGAAGAAAGCUGCCCUUAUUUGGUUAAACAAACCACUUGCCAAAGAAAUGGUAGGCCUGAUUCUUUCUACCAGAACUGGAGAUGGAAGCCUCACCAAUGCAAAUUGCCAAGGUUUGAUCCACUGAAGCUGCUGGACGUCUUGAGGGGGAAAAGGCUGAUGUUUAUAGGAGACUCAGUGCAGAGAGGCCAAUUUGAAUCAAUGGUGUGCAUGGUGCAAUCUGCAAUUCCUGAAGGGAAAAAAUCUUUUCACAGGAUUCCGCCAAUGAAGAUCUUCAAAGCUGAGGAGUUCAAUGCGUCGAUCGAAUAUUAUUGGGCUCCCUUCAUCGUGGAGUCGAUUUCAGAUCAUGCUACGAAUCACACUGUGCUAAAAAGGCUCGUUAAUCUUGACUCCAUAGCUAAGCAUGGCAUGAGCUGGGAAGGAGUUGACUUUUUGGUGUUUGAAAGCUAUGUCUGGUGGAUGUACAAACCUCUCAUCAACGCCACUUAUGGAUCAGUCGAUGAUAUUCAAGAAUAUAACGUCACCACCGCAUAUGAGUUGGCAUUAAAAACUUGGGCAAAUUGGUUAGAAGCCAACAUUGACACUCAGAAGCAGAAGGUGUUCUUCAUGAGUAUGUCCCCAACACACUUGUGGAGCUGGGAAUGGAAUCCUGGAAGUGACGAGAACUGCUUCAAUGAAUCCUACCCAAUUAAAGGACCAUAUUGGGGAACAGGUUCAAAUCUCCAGAUCAUGAAGAUAGUUGGUGAUAUCUUACAACAAUUAAAAAUCAAUGUGACGCUUUUGAAUAUUACCCAGUUGUCAGAGUAUAGGAAAGAUGCUCAUACAACAAUUUACGGGGAAAGAAAGGGAAAGCUCUUAACAAAGGAGCAAAGAUCUGAUCCCAAAAAAUUUGCAGAUUGUAUUCACUGGUGUUUACCAGGAGUUCCUGAUACAUGGAAUGAGGUUUUGUACGCAUAUUUGUUACAGAAUCAUCAAAAUUUUUUGUAA